CUGGGAGCAUUGGUUGAUUGGUUGGCUCAGCAUGAGCCAACAGUGUGCCCAGGUGGCCAAGAAGGCCCUUGGCAGCCUGCCUUGUACCAGAAAUAGUGCAGCCAGUUGGAGCAGGGGGGUGAACGUUUCUCUGUAUUCAGCUCUGCUACUGCUUUAAGACAGAGACUUCAUGGAUAGAUAUGAAAUCCUUAAAAAAAUUGGAGAAGGAUCUUUUGGCAAAAUAUUCUUGGCGAAAGCAAAAGUGGAUGAUGAGCAAUGUGUUAUCAAGGAGAUUGAUUUAACCGAGAUGCCUGUGAAAGAAAAAGAAGCCUCUCAGAAAGAAGUCAUUCUUCUGGCCAAGAUGAAGCAUGCAAAUAUAGUAACCUUCUAUGCUUCUUUGCAAGAAGAAAACAAGCUGUAUAUUGUGAUGGAAUACUGUGAUGGUGGAGAUUUGAUGAAGAGGAUAAAUAUGCAGCACGGAGUACUGUUUGAGGAGGACCAGAUUUUGAGUUGGUUUGUACAGAUCUCCUUGGGCUUGAAGCACAUUCAUGACAGGAAGAUUUUACACAGAGACAUAAAAUCACAGAACAUUUUUCUUAGUAGUAACGGGAAGGUAGCAAAGCUUGGAGACUUUGGCAUAGCAAGACAGUUGAAUGACACGACAGAGUUUGCCUAUACAUGCGUAGGGACCCCCUAUAAUCUGUCACCAGAGAUCUGUGAAAAUCGACCAUAUAACAAUAAAACAGAUAUUUGGUCUCUUGGCUGUGUGCUCUAUGAGCUAUGUGCACUGAAGCAUCCUUUUGAAGGCAAUAGUUUGCAUCAGCUGGUGCUGAAGAUCUGCAGAGGAUAUUUUCACCCAGUGUCUCCCAGAUAUUCGUAUGAUCUGAGGAUGUUAAUUUCCCAGUUGUUUAAAAUAUCUCCGAGAGAUCGACCAUCUAUCAGUUCUAUUUUAAGGAAGCCCUUCUUGCAGAAGCUUGUUCUAAGACAUUUGCCCCCAGAGGAAGAACUCAGUCACACUGUGAUACAGAGAAGGAAGCCUUCGGGAUCACUGCCUGAAGUCAAGAUGAUGCCAGAAGUUUGUAAGCUUCAAAGAAGGAGAGUCCAGGACCAAAUUCUUCCAGGAUCUGAAAUGGUAGCCCCUAUGACAACGCAGGAAUUAUAUCAAAGAAAUGAAUGGAAGCCUUCUUCAAGAGGGCAACAGCUUCAGCCACAGAGCUCCAGAUUUAAGAUGGCACAAAGGCCAGAAAACAUUAGAGUACAUGGCCAUUAUGGUCAUUACUAUGAUAAACUCGACAAUUUGCAAAGGAAAAUUAAUGCAUGUUAUGACCUUUCUCACAUCAGCCAAAGAGCAGAGGAAUAUUAUAAACUAAAAGGACAAAUUGCACCUCCACCCCCCCCACCUGAAUGGCCUGCAGAAUACCUUCAAAGGCGCUUUGAAGCCCAGCAGUACAAGAUUAAAGUGGAAAAACAGCUGGGGCUGCGGCCAUCCUCUGCUGACCCAUAUCAUGACCAAAUGCAGAUGCAAAACAUAGAUGAGGAGCAUCUCAAAAUGCAUCAGCAGGACACGUCUAGAAAGAGUGAGAUGAAAGAACAGGAGUACCUGAAGCAGUUGCAGAAAAUUCGUGAAGAAUACCACAGCAAUAUGAAAGAAAUCAGAUUAAGAGCAAGGGUACACCAGGAGAAUCAAAAAAUACAAGAUAAAACCUUUCUGGUGAGUCAAGGGAAAACUGAAGACCACUCUGAAACCAAAGAUACAGCUGGAAUAAGAGGAGAGUCACUUGAGGGCAUGGAAGAAAACUUUAAACAGGUCAGACUCCAGGACAGGCAAGACCAACAAAAUCUAGAGAAGAAAUGCAGCAGAAAGGGGGGAGUAAAAUUUGAAAUUAAUUUAGAUGUGUGUGUUCCUGAGGAAGACAGCAUUCAAGAAGCAGAGGUACAGGAUAAACUCAAUGAGAUAUUAACUUCUGUGGAUAGUGAGAAUCUUGAAGACAAAUUGUUGAAUGUUUAUGAAAGUCCUAUGGACAGGGCCUUGGGAGAAUUAUCUGGACACCAAACAGCAUCCAGUGAUGCAGGUGAUACUGAAAAAAAAAGAAAGCAUUGGCAAGCUGGAACACCCCAGACACUACUGAAAUGUUUAGCCAAUACUGAUACUUCAUCGGUAUCUGUAUGUCCUACUAUGGCUGAAAAUGAACUUUCUGACCAUGUUGUUCUGCCUGAAGACAUCACAGAAAACAGGAAGCAGUGGAAACAAACAGCCCCAGGGACGCUCCUGAACAUCUUAGCAAAAGCAGAGCUCUGUAAUGAUUCCUUCAUCCAGCUUAAAGAGGAAAUAGAAGAAAGCAAGGAAGAUGAUUCAGAAACGUGUGCCUGUGUUGCUGUUGAUGAAGGCAGACUUGAGCCAAGAUCAGAUGAUGAAGACACGAAUUUUGAAGACUCUGGAGAUGAGCUGAGACAUGAGCUGGAAGCAGCUUUGGAAAAAGCGGUAACGUCUUCAGCAGAGAGAUGCACAGAGACUUCUGUGCUUUCAAUAAAUAAAGAUCAAGCUCAUGAAGAAAGCACAAGCUUACCUAGCAAACUACUUGAGAAAUGUAAUGAUGAGUUAGAAUGUAACUGCGGGUCACUUACUUUAGAUGCAAAUAAUGGAAAAAGCAAGCAACAGCUACGUGAUGCACAAGAAUGAUUACUGAUUCAAAACAAAAUUGUCCUGGAAAUGUGAACUACAUCAGUAAAACAAUAAUGAUAAAAAACAGGUAGCUGUCAAUAAAUUCCAGGUAAAUCAAUUGCUUUUCAAUAGUGUUAAACAAUUAAGAUGUUUCUUGACAUUUUUUAAAGGAAAAAAAAAAUAACAUAAAAAUAAAUUUAUAAAUAAAAAAAUAAACAUUAAAAAAAAUAAGCUACUUUUGGGAUUACUACAUGUUGAACAACUCCAGUCCAGAAUUGUGUAUGCAAUGCACUUUCCUUGAUUAAUGUAAACUACCUGGGACAUCUCUGACACUUGCCUGGGCAACUUCUGACUGCAUACUCUGCAGCCUUUUUUAUAUCAUGUCAGAAAGUCUCCCAGUCAGUGUAUUUUAUUUUCAUAAUCAAUCAAUAUCCCAUUUUAAGAAGCUUUUCCAGCUUUUCACAACCCCUCAGUACCAUCAGUGCACCUUAGUAUUUCAUGUAGUUUCAUUUAUACUGCGCUGACUGCACCUCCAACUCAACUUAUACAGCAGCAGUAAGAGGUCUUACUGUGCCAUGAGAAUUGUGCAUUCCCCAGUUCCUAAUAAAACUUAGGAAAGGGUUCCAGUGAAUUAAUUAAUUGCCAAUGAUUAAACAUGCGUUUUUCCAACCAUAUUUUUUUCACAUACAAAAUGUCAUCAGUACAGGUGAAGUUUAAAUAGAAGAAAAAAACAUGUUCUAAAGUCUGAUUUCAGUAGCUUGUUGCACUUUUCUUGUAGUUCUCAGCACAACCUAAAACAUUGUUGUGAUGGCCCAAAAAACCUCACAAACAGUGUUUCUCCAGUUUGGAUAUGAAAACGGAUGCUUCAUAUUUUAACUUUUUGCUCACUUAGUUCUCAGUGUCAUAAGCACUCUUUUAGAGCUGUGAGGUUUGUAUUUGUGUGCUAUCUAAUUAUGGUCUCUAAUUUAGGCCCUCUUAUUUCGUAGGAGCAGAAAAUCUUUCAGUAGGAUAGAACAUGAGAAAUACUAUGCCAUACUGUAAAGGAUGUGAGGAAAGAGCUAAUGUGAGGACUGACAAUUAUGAUACUAAAAAAGCAAGCUAGCAAAUUGUAUUAGAGGAACUGCUAUAGGUAAUGAAAUCACCAAGACUAUAUGAGAAACAGCUGCUUACAUUUUUCUUCAUUAAACGUAACUACAUUUUU